GAGCUUGGACAUGCAACGCACGGCGAAACGCCGGACACGCCAGACUAGCGCGCCAAGUUUUCUUAGAGAUCAGCAACAUUUUUUUGGGAGGGAGAGAAUGCCUUCUCGUGUGUGUGGACGAUGCUGUGAUUUUCCUCUGCAGCGGCACUUUCCCUCUCUUGAAGCCACAGGUACCCGUGGCAGUACUUGAUUAGUUCAAGUCGCAAGAUGUCUAGUUUCUUCACCAAGCCGGCCUCUGAGCGGAAACGGAAACGAGAAGAUCGCAGUCUAGCUCCGGCACCCAAAAAACGCAUAUCCUCUUCUUCUACAACUCGCCCCUCGACGAAGUCUCGCAAGGAGCGAGACGACUCUGUGUCAGAUGCUGAAUCAGAGGUCUCAAACGUAUCCGCUGGCGACAAUGGUAACGAGAGCGACACAUCGUCGAUCGAGAAUGAGACAGCGGCCGAGAAACGAUUGCGGUUAGCAGAGCAAUAUCUUGAGAAUAUAAAAGAGGAAGUUGCGAAUGUCGGCUUCGAUGCUGCAGAUAUCGAUGAAGAGCUGCUUGAGGAACGUAGAGGCUUGGUCGACGCACGAUUGAAGGAAGACGUUGCUGAGGGUAAAGGGAAAGUCUAUCGACGUAUCGCCGGAGACUAUGACUUCGAGAAUGCACAACAUACAAAAGCACGGAAGGAAUUCAAGAGUUUGACUGGUGUAGCCACAAGUGCAGACGGGAAGUGGGCGUAUACCGUCAGCAAAGAUAUGAUGAUCGUAAAGUGGGAGCUUCCAAACAAUACCAUACACAAGGAAGAGAUCAACGGGAUUAAUGGGGCUGCGAAAUCGAAGCGACAGCCCUUUGUGCUUCGAAAACCCAUUCAGCGGCAUUUCGUGAGAGGUCAGCGGUCAAGAGACAAGGAUCACAAAUAUCAAGGCCACACGAAUGCCAUACUUUGCGCAGCAUGCUCCCCUGACGGCAAAUAUCUUGCAACAGGUGGUAAGGAUCAUAGAUUGGUGAUAUGGGACACUGCAACAAUGCACCCAUUGAAAUGCUUCACGCAUCAUCGUGGUGCUGUCAACAGCCUGGCUUUCCGGAGAGGCACGAAUCAGCUCUUUUCCGCAUCGUCAGACCGGUCUGUCAAAGUGUGGAGCCUGGACGAAUUAGCCUACAUCGAGACCUUGUUUGGCCACCAGGACGAAGUCAUUGACGUGGGCGCUUUAGCGGAAGAGAAAUGUGUCACAGUCGGAGCUCGCGACCGUACUGCAAGGUUAUGGAAAGUUGUCGAGGAACAACAGCUGCUCUUCAGAGGUGUUGGCGUGCGGGAUUCCAAAAAAGGGAAACAUAAAAGCAGAAUGAAUGGAUCUGCCUUUGAGGAGAUGGAGAUUGAUGAGCCCAAAUCGUAUGCCGAGAACACAAUCGACCGCGUCGCUCUCCUCUCACAUGACAUGUUUGUCACCGGUUCAUCAAAUGGAUCUUUAUCCCUGUGGCAGAUACAGAAGAAGAAACCAAUCUUUGUGCUACCGUUAGCACAUGGUGUAGAACCAAAACUUACACCCGGUGAAGUUUCUGCCGAGAUAGAUGAAAGUAUGCAGAAGGUAGAAGCGGAGCCGCAGCCCCGGUACAUCACUGCCAUGCGAGCUAUACCGUACUCGGACCUCCUGCUUACUGGCAGUUGGGAUGGAUGGAUACGAUGCUGGAGGGUCACAGAAGGUGAACGAGGUGGGAAAGGCAUGAAAAUCGAAGCAGUUGGCGUGAUAGGGAAGGUCGACCUAAAUGUUCCUGUUAUCGGAGAACAGACUGGUCCUAUCAGUGGCAUAAUCAACGACCUGUCCGUUUUCGAACGAGGUGAUAGGGGGAAGGAUGGAAUGUGUGUCGUCGCAGCUGUGGGUCCGGAGCAUAGAUUGGGGCGCUGGACUAAACAGACGGGAGGCAAACCUGCUAUAUGGGUAUUCGACAUAUCCAGGACUAGUCCUGUGGAAGCUGAGACGAAUGGGGUAGAUAGUGAGGACGAUGGCGAAAAGUGAGCAAUGAAAGG